UGUUAGUUAUAAUGUUGCUUAAAAAUGCUUUAACUGAUUUAGCUGAUUUCACUGACAAAGUUUACACGGGACUGAAACUUAGGGAAAUUAUUCUUGAAUUUAGAACUGGAAGCACAUCGUGGCCACAGACAUGCAAUGUCUGUGAACGUCCUUCUCUGUUAUGUCUGUUCCGAAAAGCUUUUAAAGGAAUGCUUAAAGUUUGUGAUAUUGAACAAUUUCUUGAAAUCGUUGACGAGUUGCCGCUAGAUAAUACUGUGGCUAUUCAUGUAACAUCAGUUCCUGCCGCUUUCUCGAGGAUUACUGCUAAAAAAUGUGCAAGUUUGCCAAACAAUAUUUUAUUCACAAAUAUUCAAGAACUUGAUCGUGUUAUCGAAGGAUACUUUCUAACGAAACAGGACUCU